AUGGACGACUCCCUCCCACGUCUGCCCAGUUUCGGCAGCGUGAACAGCUCCUCUGUCACCGAUGACUUCUCCCAAUACGAUGCGCACGACGACGACGACCGACCGGAGACACCCCGCGCAAAGAUCACGACUGCCGCCUCCCACUUUGACGCGCCCACAGACACUGCCAUUGCCCAGCAUGUGCAAAGCAUUCAGGUCCCCGAGACGGUCGCUAGGGACUUUCGCCUCAGAAAUCGCUCCUCGUCGCCAGCAGCUCGCCGGCCCAUGUCUUCCAGCGGGUUGGACAGCAGCACUCUCAGUAUCCUCGACCGUCCGCGUAGAGCCCUGACGCUCAAGGAGCAGAACACCAAGAUCGACAAGCUUACGAAGGAGAACUUCGACCUGAAGCUGAAGAUCCACUUCCUUGACCAGGCAUUGCAGACUCGAUCUGAUGACGGCGUCAAGGAGCUCAUCGAGAAGAAUGUACAACUUCAGACUGAUCUCGCCAAUGAGCGCAAGGAAUCCCAAACCAUGCGCCGGAAAAUGCGCGAGAUGGAGCAGAAGAUCGCAGAGCAAGACGAAGCUCUUGCUGAGGCGCGAACUCACAAAGCCGCCAAGGAAGAGGAGGACGAUGAUCCAACACUGCAGGCUGAAAUGCACGAGGAGAUUCUCUACUUGCGGCAGCAGCUGGAUCAUUCUGAGAACCAAGUCACGACACUCCGUGACGAGGUCAUGACGAAAGAGCUUGAGAAACGAAAGAUGGCAGAGCACAUGCGCGGUAUGGCUGGCAGGCGUGGUGAAGACACAGCUGGCAUGAAAGAGACCAUGGACAUGUGGCAGGAUCUGCUCAACGCUGAGACUGGGCGACGCGAGCAGGCAGAAGAGGACGCCAGCAAAUUGCGAGACGAGCUCACCACGCUACGCCUGCAGCACGCCUCUCCAGCCGCAAAUCAGUACCACCAGAACGACAGAAGGCGCCGAAGCCGAAUCGACACUGGCGAGAGCCCAGCUAGCGACCCAGAGGCCGACCUCGUCGAGAGCAUGGAGAACGCUGAGUCGGGCGCACUCAUCGAACAGCUAAAGCACGAAAAUGCUGAACUGCGACGUGAUCUUGGUGCUCAGACCAGCAUGCUAACCUCUCGCAAUCGGGAGCGUGAACGGCUGCAGCAGGAGAUUGAAGAUCUGAAGCUACUGCAGCGUAAGAGCGACGGCGCAAGGUCCCUCGCCGGCGAAAGCAUCUUUGAUCGCUCCAUUUCGCGCGCUCACCAGCGAAGCCAGUCGCGGAUCAGCGAUCACACGCAAGUGACUGAAGCCGAGCGGGAGGAAUGGGACAAGAAGGAGGGUCAGUUGAGAGAUACAAAUGCCGAGCUCAGAAUCAAGUACCAGGAACUUGACCGAACACAUCAAAAGUAUCUGCACUAUGUCGAUGUAAUUGAGAAUGAUUACAAAGGCAUGGAGGACGAGCUCAACGAAUGCCGGGAUGAUCUUGUCAAACUGCAAAAGGAGCGAGACGAUGCGCUGCAGGCCUACCAGGAGCAGGAAUCAGAGUACGCAGCUCUCAAGCAGGAGGCCCUUGAGGAGAUCCAAGCGUUGGACGAGGAGAAGAAGAUGCUCGAUGCUGAGCUGCAAGACACGGAGCGGAAGCUGCAAAAGACCACGUCGAAAUUGCAGACCACCAAAGACGACUACAAAGGUCUUCAGAGCGAGCUUCGCCAGCUCACGUCCCGAGUCAACAAUCUGGAAGAUCUCAAGGAGCGUAACACGCGAACGAUUGAGACCCUCGAACAGCAGCUGUCUGAGGCUGAAGACGAACUGCAGAAGUGGGAGCAGAAGUGCAGCGAGCUUGAUUCGAAGAAUCGCAAACUCGAGAUCAACCUCGAAAGUCUGCAUUCAGAGAUCACAUUUCUGCGAGAGGAGCAGGAAGGGGACAAGAUUAAGAUUGGUGAACUCGAGAAUGCGCUCAGUGCUGCUCAGCAGACGAUCCAAGACGAGCAGGAGAAGCUGCGCGAGAUGGAGGACGAGAGGGUUGAAGAGAGGCAACAGCGCGACAUACUUGAAGACAAGUCCAAGGAGGAAGUACAAAAAGUGCUCGAUGACCUCAACGCUGAGAGUGCGAAAACGAAGGAUGAGGUCAGGAAGCUUCGCCGUUCACUGUCCGCGAAAGAAGUUGAAGCUGGCAGCUGGAAGCAGAAGUUGGAGGAGCUUGAGCAAGCCUUGCGAAACAUCUUGGGAGAUCCCGACGGCACAAAGCCUACGCUGCUUGCCGACAUCGAGAAGCUGCAGAGAGAGCUUGAGACGACCACGAAUGACUUGGAAAGGGCACGAAUGGACCUUUCUGAUAAGGAUCGCCUGCUGAGACACCGCGAUGGCCUACUGGAGAGCACCAGUCUCGAGUCCCGAAGGCUGUCAGAUCUUCUUGAAAAGGAGCGAUCCUCCCGCAAACACGACCUUGAUCGCUUCGAGAAGGCUCACAGUGGCCAGGCGACACACUUGCGCACCAUUGCUCAGAAGGAGACCCGCGUGCUGGAGCUGGAGACUGUCCUGACUCAGGAUAGGCGAAAGAUGACAUCUCUCGAACAACAGUACCGCGAGCAGCUACACGAGCGGAACAAUCUUCUUCUCGCGUUGUGGAACCGCUUGUCUACACUCUGCGGAUCAGACUGGGCACAGAACCACAGUCUUGUCAAUGGCGAGCUACCAAGUGCAGACGUCAUCAACAAAAACCUUCAGAGCUUCAACAAGAACAUCAUCUCGGCGGUUAAAACAAUCGAAGCGCUCAUUGGAAGUUUCAAGGUCCGAAUCCGUAGCAUCGAGAAGGACUUGUGGAGAGACUACCAAACGAUCGAGCACAACUUGGAGAUACGAGUGCGCAGAAUGGAUGCCAUUGAGCGUGCGGUCAAGGACACCCAAAAUGCCAUGGUGGAAGAAGCUGCGCAAAGACCUCAAGCCAGCCGCACCGUUAGCACGAAGAGCGUCAAGGGCAGUGAAGAACUGGCAAAGCUCAAGACAGACAUGAAGCUCCUUAGGUCGGAGUUGAAGCUCCAUCGCCAGUAUCCGAGUGCUAUGGCACAGCAGCUCAUCAACCAAGAAACGCAGCAGAACCCGGAGCACCUAAGACGCCAGUCGAGCAGCGGCGGUUCGAAUGGCAAGUCGCAGUACAGUCCGGCCAGGAAUCUGGUGAACAAUCUCUUCCGACAUCACUCGACAUCAGCAGUCGAGCAAUUCCAGAUUCCCAAUGAUGAACCUCCACCACGGCCGCAGCCCAUUAUGCUGCCCCAGGUUCCUGUACAAGCCAACGACGUUCGCUGGAACCAUCGCCUAAAGGAACUGGAGAAGCGGCUGAAAGCUGAACGAGAAGCUCGAUUGUUGGAUCGUCGUGGAGCCAGGCAAAGGCUUGAGGAGGCGAGUCUUGAAAAUGAAGAGCUGAGGGCACGCCUUGAACGGGCAGAAUCUCGCAGGUCCAGCGUACAAGAGGAGAGCGGAGCUGUCAGUGAGCGGUCGAUUGACUAG